AUGUCAGCCCUCCUGUCCUCAGGUGUUGAUGCUUGUAAGGGAGGAGAGCAGGCGCCGGGCUGGGAGGGAACCCAGACCGGCGCAAGCCGAUGCCGCCUGCACGUAGAGGCCAACGACGAGCGGUGGGAAUUUGAACCUUGCAGGAACCCGGAAGUGGGAGGCGCCGGGGCUACCCGGGCCCAUUCAAAAGGAGCGCCGGUGCGGACAGACGAGGCCGGCGUUGGCGGAGCCAAGAGUGACAGGUCCAGGAGCUGCGGGGCCAAGAGAGAUGGGUCCAGCAGUGGCAGUGGCGGCGGAGCCAAGGUAGACGGGUCCAGUGGUGGCAGCAGCGGCGGGGCUGAGAGAGACGGGUCCGACAGCAGCGGUGGCAGCGGCGGAGCCAAGGUAGACGGGUCCAGCGGUGGCAGCAGCGGCGGGGCUGAGAGAGACGGGUCCGACAGCAGCGGUGGCAGCGGCGGAGCCAAGGUAGACGGGUCCAGCGGCGGCAGCGUUGGCGGAGCCAAGAGUGACGGGUCCAGGAGUUGCGGGGCUGAGAGAGAUGGGUCCGACAGCGGCGGCAGCGGAGCCAAGGUAGACGGGUCCGGCGGCAGCGGUGGGGCCGAGAGAGAUGGGUCCGACAGCAGCGGUGGCGACGGCGGAGCCAAGGUAGACAGGUCUGGCGGUGGCAGCGUUGGCAGAGCCAAGAGUGACAGGUCCAGGAGCUGCGGGGCCAAGAGAGAUGGGUCCGACAGCGGUGGCGGCGGAGCCAAGGUAGACAGGUCCAGUGGCGGCGGCGGUGGCGGGGCUGAGAGAGACGGGUCCGACAGCGGCAGCGACGGAACCAAGGUAGAUGGGUCCGGUGGCGGCAGCAGCGGCGGAGCCGAGAGAGACGGGUCCGGCAGUGGCGGUGGCAGCGGAGCCGAAGUAGACGGGUCUGACGGCAGCGGAGGCGGCUGA